UAAAACGUUUGCGUCUGCAAAUUCAAAUUGACCAAUGCGAAUGUAUGUAUUGCAUUUUUACAAUUAACAAAAUAUAUUCAUCUGAAAUUUUGACUCCGCGCUUCGUUGCUUUUUACUUUCUCCGUUUGUUAAAUAACAAUCAUUCUUUUUGUUUAAACAUUAACAACUGUACAUGCACUGCCCAAGUGGAGCCACCAACAGAUACAUGCAAAACACAUUUACAUGCUCUACACACCAGAGGUUGGUUUUUGUUCUCGAUCAAUAUUAAGCAACUAGAACGUGCAAUAAUAACGAUAUUCUUUAAUUUUUAAAUCAUAGAAUUCACCUAUCAUAUGGUAUAUGACAAGUGUAAUGUCAUUUAUUAUAUUUACAUGUUUAUUAUUGACUUGGUCUUUAGUUUUUGAAUAUUGAGUUUUAUAAUUGAUAGAAAUGGCGAAAGCGACUUACGAGUUGAUAUGUAAACACAGGAAGGAACUGACCGACGAAGAGAUACUACAAAUAAAGUUGCAAGAAGAAGCGGAGCUAAAAGGAAUUCAAAGGAACUAUGGGCUGUUAAACAGAGACUAUUGGACGCUUCUGAAGGGAACCGACGCUGAAUCGACCAAGACAAAAAGAGUCCUGAAAAUCCUGAAGAAGGAACAAAAGAAUGUUGGUACCGAUUUAGCAAUAGCCACAUCCUUCUACAAGGUGAAACAGGACAGCGACAACUUCGACACCAUUGCGGAAAUGGUAAAGGAGAACAGUCAGCUGGAUUCAGAAAUCAAAAAGAAGAAAACCGAAAUUAGAGAAGUCGAGGAUACAAUAAGAAGAAUCCAAAAGACGGUAAUCAAGUUGAGAACGGAACAACUGACCGACGAGCAAUACAGUAAGAAAAACAUCGAAGGUCAAAGGACCGUUGAAGGUUUAGAGAACAAACUGGACAUCCAAGUUAAGAAGUUCGGCAACAUCAUGCGGCAAAACCGAAUCCUGAGGGAAGAAAUUGACCACUUGCUGAAAGAGCGCAACACUUUUAACACCCUGUGGGAAAGAGCUAUCCGUCACGUGGCCAAAGGCAAGAAAAUAUUCAUGGAUCUGGUAGAGCAGUCCACGGUGACGUACAAUCAAAGGGACGAGUGCGUCCAGACGCUGAACGCCCUGCGACAAAAAUGCUACGUCGAUUAUGUCAAAGAUGGCGUGGAAAUGCGCGAACUGGAGAGAGUCCACGACCACCAGACGAAACUGUCCCGAUUCAUGGAGACGAAGGAACAAAUCAGGGUGAUGAGAGGACUCGAAAGGAUAGUCAGGUUGAAGAGGGAAAAAAUGCGAAUGGAAAUGGAACAAACGUCGGAAUUGUACAUCGGGAUUUUGUCCGAAAUACAAACCCAUUUCAACACUCCCGAGGUAGCAGAAAUUUGCAGCAUGAGCCAGUGGGAUGAAAACGAAAUACUCAGGAAACUCGUACUAAUAUUGGCCAUCAACGACCAAAUAGAAGUAAUAUCAAGUGAGCUGAAAGAUUUGGUAAAGAGCAUUGAGGAGCAUCAGCAGAUCUGGGCUUCUCGGCAGGAAAGUCAACCAGCAACAUUGGCGCUGCUCGAGGAGACACUGGAAACGAAAACCCAAGAAGCAGACGAUGCCGCGGCUACCCAGGAUGAAAUGGGAGAAAAACUGCAAAGCAUUUACGAUGCAAUCGCAAAACUCUUCGCCCAGACCAAAUGCGACAGCGGUCCGUUCUUGGCUCUCCUGGGAGACAACACCUACAUCCACAAGUACAACGUGCUCCUGUAUCUGCAGACGUUGCAAGAACAGAUCUGCGACAUUAUGGCUAUCGCGUUGUACAAACAAAAGACAACGAAACGAAAAGGUCAGGAUGCGAAACGGGUCGCGCUGGUCAUUAAGGAAGAUAAAUUCUUCCCGUUGCCACAGGACGUCGAAACGUAUGUUGGUCACAAUCCUUGUCCACUGUGCGUCGAACAAGAAAUGGUCAGCGACGUCAUCGACAUUUUACAGUUUGCUUUUACAAAGGAAGAGGUGAAAACGUUUUUGGUCGAAAGACUCGCCUUACCGGACGGCUUGGAUCGUCUACAUUCCGUAUCACUGUGUCAUCUUCCGAAGUCUAGAGAAAUUAUUCAGAAACGAUACCAGUGAUUACGGUACUUAUUUUAACUUUUGUAUGUAUAGGUUUUAUGUAUGCUACUUUUUUAUUUACUUUUAUUUUAAGCCCUAUUUGU